CCGCGAACAUAAGCUUGGCUACUUCCGUAGUAGGAGGGCAAAAUUGAUUCUAUGUAAACGUGCAUCAGUGAGCGCUUUGAUUCUUUUCAUAGGGUCAUCAUUUUCAGUGUCUACACAGUAUGACAUCAGCUGGAAACACCAUGGACGACGAGGACACAUUCAAGAUCCUCAUUGCUACUGAUAUUCACCUCGGUUUUCUAGAGAAGGAUGCCAUAAGAGGAAAUGACACAUUCGUAACCUUUGAUGAGAUCAUGAAACAAGCCGUGCAAAAUGAGGUUGACUUUGUUUUGUUGGGUGGGGAUCUCUUCCAUGACAAUAAACCGUCCCGCAAGACUAUGCACUGCUGCAUGGAGGUGAUGAGGAAAUACUGCAUGGGUGACCGGCCAAUCAUCUUUGAAAUCCUCAGUGAUCAGGCUGUCAAUUUCAGCCACAGCAAAUUUCCAUGGGUGAACUACUUGGACAGUAAUCUCAACAUCUCCAUCCCUGUCUUCAGUGUGCAUGGUAACCAUGAUGAUCCAACUGGGGCUGAUGGCCUAUGUGCUAUAGACCUGUUGAGCUGUGCUGGUCUGAUCAAUCAUUUUGGCCGCAGUCGCUCAGUGGAGAAACUUGAGAUCAGUCCAGUUCUUCUGCAGAAAGGAAAUACCAGGAUUGCACUUUAUGGAAUUGGUUCCAUUCCAGAUGAGAGACUCUACCGGAUGUUCACCAAUAACCAGGUGACCAUGCUUCGUCCCAAGGAGGAUGAAGAUGGCUGGUUCAACUUAUUUGUCAUCCAUCAAAACAGGAGUAAGCAUGGGGCGACAAACUACAUCCCUGAACAGUUUUUGGAUGAUUUCCUAGAUUUGGUGGUUUGGGGUCAUGAGCAUGAGUGUAAAAUUGCUCCAGUCCGUAACGAACAGCAGCUCUUCUAUGUCACACAACCCGGCAGCUCCGUCAUCACCUCGCUGUCACCAGGAGAGGCAGUCAAAAAGCACAUUGGGUUAUUGAGAGUGAAAGGGAAAAAAAUGAAUCUUCAGAAAAUUCCUCUACAGACCGUCAGGCAGUUUUUCAUUCAGGAUGUGACACUCUCAGAGCACCCUGACCUUUUCAGCCCAGAGCAACCCAACGUCAUGCUCAAAGUCAUGGCUUUCUGCCAGGAGAAGGUUGAAGAGAUGCUUGAAGAGGCAGAGAGACAGAGACUUGGGAAUUCUCUAACUCCCCAGAAACCUCUCAUCAGGCUACGAGUGGAUUAUAGCGGGGGUUUUGAAGUUUUUAACACUAUGCGCUUUAGUCAGAAGUUUGUAGAUCAAGUGGCAAAUCCCAAAGACAUCCUGCAUUUUAUCAGACACAGAGAGGCCAAAGACGAUGUUAAAGAAGAAGGUAUGGACUUUGCGGCAAUUCUCUCUCGUCCCACCUCUGAAGUCUUACAGCUGAGAGUGGAAGAUCUUGUGAAAGAAUACUUUCAGAAAGCUGAGAAGAAUGUGCAGUUGUCUCUGUUGACGGAGCAAGGCAUGGGAAAGGCAGUGCAGGAGUUUGUGGAUAAGGAGGAGAAAGAUGCUAUAGAAGAACUCAUAAAGUACCAGCUGGAGAAAACUCAACGGUUCCUCAGAGAACGACGGGUUGAAGCCACAGAGGAGAAGAUUGAUGAGGAGAUUCGACAGUUUCGAGACUCAAAGAGGAACACAGCAGAAGAGGAUGAGGAAGUGCAAGAGGCUAUUAUUCGUGCAAAAGCUCAUAGGGACUGCAGUGAUUCUGUUAGAGAUGAUGACCUCAACCUAUCAGAUGAGUCAGCUGACAUUGCUGUGGAAUCAGAUGAAGAGUACACUUCUGCUCCUACAAUCCGUGGAAGGGGGCGUGGCUCCAGAGGUUCAAGCAGAAGAGGAAGAGGAAGAGGAAGAGGUUCUGCCUCAAAGUCAGGGCGGGAUGGACAUGGACAAAAAGGAUCUCUCUCAAGUGCACUGACAAGCAAGUCAAUAAUGGAUGCAUUCCAGGGUUCAACCCAGAGGUCCUCUCGUGGAAACACACCAAAGACAUAUGCUGAUGAGAUUACAAUAGAGGACAGUGACUCUGAUGAGAAUGUUGCAUUUUUAAAAUGUUCCAAGCCAAAGCAAAAGCCAACUUCAUUAAGUGCCAAUAAGAGGGUCUCCCAGAGCCAGAGCCAGUCUUUUAAAGGAGUAUGUUUUGAUGAUGAAGUUGAGGAUGAGUUUGAUCCAUUCAAGGGGUCAAGACCGCAGCGCAGAUAAGGAAAGAAACCCAAUUGCUUGUCUACUUUUCUCAGUCCUUCCAGAGUUUUUGCAGAGAUUGGAGUAAAAUAGUUUGUUGAAGAUUAACUUGCCUACAGUUGUUUUAAAAACUGUUAGAUGUUAGAUGAUGAACAUUGUUGUCUUCUAAUGUCCCAGAUAUUUAUUUGAGGACAUGCAUCCAUGUGUGUUUAUGAAAGCAAAAGUGUGUUUAUGUCUGUUCCAAGCCAAUAAAAACCAUAAACUGUCA